AUGGGCGUCAGGCAGGUGACCGGCUCCCACGUGCUGCGGAUCGACGGAUUCACGCAACUCAGCAAGACGGUGGCGAAUAACACUGAGAUGAGAUCAGGCACGUUCAACGUUGGCGGCCACGACUGGUGUCUUGCAUGCUAUCCAAACGGUUGCUCCGAUCUGUACAAGGGCUACGUCUCCAUCUUCCUCCAGCAGGCGAGCCACGAAAAGACCGGCGCUGCCACGGCAAAGGGCCAAUUGAGCAUACUCGACCGGGACGGGAUGCCAUCCUGCACCAAACACAUAACAGAGCGCACCUUCAAGGGGCCUCCCUUCGGCUGGGGCGAAAUAGACUUCGUGAAACACGAGGAUCUCGACAAGGACAAGCAUCUCCACGACGGUUGCCUCACCGUCCUUUGUGACGUCACGGUCACGGAGCACUACACGGACGCCCAUGUCGAGGUUGCCGCGCCAGCAGCGCCGCCGUUCGACCUGCGCGGGCAACUCGCAGAAGCCAUGUGGAAUAUCAAGAAAGUAGAUGUCCAGAUCGAGGUCGGCGGGGAGACGUUUCCCGCGCACCGGUGGGUACUUGAGGCCCAAUCGCCCGUCUUCAAGACGGAACUGUCGCUCGCCUCGACCGCCGACAUGACCAUCAAGCUACGCAUUGAUGACAUGGACGCCGAGGUGUUCAAGGUUCUCCUCCGGUUCAUCUACACGGACUCGCCUCCGGAGACGAGCCAGCUCCAGGAGGCGGCGAUGGCGGAGAAGAUUCUUGUCUCCGCGGACAGGUAUAAGCUGGACAAGCUGAAACUCAUCUGCGAGAAGGCGCUGUGUCAGCACAUCGACAUGAGCUCUCUGGCUGCCACUCUAGCGUUGGCCGAGCGGCACCGUUGCUCCGUGCUGACCGCAGCAUGCAUCAAGUUCCUCUCCUCCCCUGGUAAUCUCGAAGCGUUCAUCGCGGCGGAUGGGAUCAAACAGCUAAAGGAACAUUGCCCCUCUGCUCUGCUCCACAGCGUUUUGAAGUUCUUAACCGUCCAAUCAGAUCAUCUAAUGGUCUGGACGUACUUACCUGUCCUGAACUGGGGUUACGAGAGCGUCCUCUACCUCUCGCCGCCGGGGACCAGCACCCGCACCGCGCGCCGCCGGCAGGCAACCCACCUCUGCACUGAGCUCCGCCAGGAACACCCCCACCUCGCCGGAGGCCCCCCACCUCUGCGCCGCGCGCCGCCGCACGCCGCCGCACGCCGCCGGGAGGCCACGCACGUCUGCAUCACGCGCCGCCGCACGCCGCCAGGAACACCCCCACAUCACCGCGCGCCGCCAGGAAAACCUCCACCUCGCCGCACACCUCGGUCCUCGGGGUAG